AUAAAAGUAACUAAUACUCCGAUCUCAACUUGUCGUCUACCAAAUUUCACUUUCCAAUUUCUGCUCUUCUCCUCACUCACUCCCCAUCCUUAAACCCUGCUUCCGCCGCCGUCUCUCUCCGGCGCCAGAAUGCAAUCGGCGAUCAUUUCACCGGCUCCACGCGCCACCACCUUCAUCCCCAUUUCACCGCCUGUCUCCACCAAUGUGCUCCGGCGGAGCCGUCCCCUCUUUCUCAGAGCCUCGAUUUCCAAUGUCACCACGCAACCUCCGCCGCCCUCGGUGACCGUAGACUCCCCCCCGCCCAGCUCCUCCGCCGCGCAGAAGCUUAACAAGUAUAGCUCGCGCGUCACCGAGCCGAAGUCUCAGGGCGGGUCUCAGGCGAUUCUCCACGGCGUCGGCCUCUCCGACGACGAUCUCACCAAGCCUCAGAUUGGAAUUUCGUCGGUAUGGUACGAGGGCAAUACCUGUAACAUGCACUUGUUGAAGCUCUCGGAGGCUGUUAAAGAAGGGGUUAAAGAGGCCGGCAUGGUGGGUUUUAGGUUCAAUACUAUCGGCGUCAGUGACGCCAUUUCCAUGGGAACCAGAGGCAUGUGCUAUAGCUUGCAGUCGAGGGAUUUGAUUGCUGAUAGCAUUGAGACUGUCAUGAGUGCUCAGUGGUACGACGGGAACAUCUCCAUCCCGGGCUGUGAUAAGAAUAUGCCCGGUACAAUAAUGGCGAUGGGUAGGCUGAAUCGACCUAGUAUUAUGGUUUACGGUGGAACGAUCAAGCCUGGUCACUUUCAAGGCCACACAUACGACAUAGUGUCUGCAUUUCAGGUGUAUGGAGAAUAUGUAAGUGGCUCGAUAAGUGACGAACAAAGGAGGAAUGUCGUCCGCAACUCCUGUCCUGGGGCUGGGGCUUGUGGUGGAAUGUACACAGCUAAUACAAUGGCCUCUGCUAUUGAGGCUAUGGGUAUGUCUCUUCCUUACAGCUCAUCAACACCUGCUGAGGAUCCAUUGAAGUUGGAUGAAUGCCGUUUAGCUGGAAAAUAUCUUCUAGAAUUAUUAAAAAUGGAUUUAAAACCACGGGAUAUUAUUACAGAAAAAUCACUACGAAAUGCGAUGGUUGUUGUCAUGGCUUUGGGUGGCUCUACUAAUGCAGUGCUACACUUGAUUGCUAUAGCAAGGUCUGUUGGUUUGGAUUUAACCCUUGAUGAUUUUCAGAAGGUUAGUGAUCAGGUUCCUUUCCUUGCUGAUCUUAAGCCUAGUGGAAAAUAUGUCAUGGAGGACGUUCACAAGAUUGGAGGAACCCCUGGAGUCAUUCGCUAUUUGUUGGAGAAAGGACUUUUAGAUGGAGAUUGUAUGACUGUCACGGGAAAGACACUCGCGGAAAAUGCUAAAAUUUUCCUAACUUUAUCUGAAGGGCAGGAUAUUAUUAGGCCGUUGGAGAAUCCCAUUAAGAAAACAGGGCAUAUUCAAAUAUUAUAUGGAAAUCUUGCUCCUGAGGGUUCAGUAGCUAAAAUUACUGGAAAGGAGGGACUAUAUUUCUCGGGCCCUGCUCUUGUUUUUGAAGGAGAAGAAUCUAUGAUUGCAGCUAUAACAGAGGACCCUUCAAGUUUUAAGGGUAAAGUAGUGAUAAUUAGAGGCGAAGGCCCUAAGGGGGGACCGGGAAUGCCUGAAAUGUUAACACCGACCAGUGCGAUAAUGGGGGCAGGUCUCGGAAAGGAAGUGGCAUUGCUGACUGAUGGUAGGUUCUCUGGAGGUUCACAUGGCUUUGUUGUUGGUCACGUAUGCCCUGAAGCACAGGAAGGCGGUCCAAUCGGGUUGAUUCAAAAUGGCGAUGUCAUCACUGUUGAUGUUCAGAAUCGGAGAAUCGACGUCCAACUAUCCGAUCAAGAGAUGGAAGAACGAAGAAAUAACUGGAUUCCACCUGCAUACAAGGCUACUAGAGGCAUCCUCUACAAGUACAUCAAGAAUGUGCAAUCGGCAUCGAGAGGGUGCGUGACAGACGAGUAGACGAGAGCCUGCAGUUAGAGACCCUUCCUCUAGUUCACAUCUUGAGUCAGACAACAAAUCCAGUUUCUAAGACACAUCCACUCCCUUUCUUGCUUGCUUCACCAUUGCUUCACCAUUUUGAUUCCGAGUCUUUUUCUCCCUUUCCUUUUAGGAAGAAAUUUGGCUGUAAUUAUUGAAGUGGAUGAAUAUUCUAUUGUUGUAGUCAUUUAAGAUGAAGUCUCAAUAAAGAGACCAUGGAAGAGUCACAUAAAUUAAAAUAAAAUUAAUGUUCAAUUUCUUUUCCCUCCA